AUGAAUGCCCCAGACAGAUUUGAACUCUUCUUGCUCCCUGAAGGAGAAGCGAAGCUCAAAAUAGAUCCUGAUACCAAAGCUCCGAACGCGGUAAUUGUCACCUUCGAGAAAGAAGACCACACACUGGCAAAUCUAAUCAGAGGAGAACUUUUGGAGGACAAGGGAGUUUUGUUUGCUGCAUACAAAGUUGAGCAUCCGCUUUUUGCGCAGUUCAAAUUGAGAAUUCAGACUGUCGAGGGGUAUGACCCCAAGGAUGCGCUCAAGAACGCAUGCAACGGCAUUAUCAGUAAACUGGGCCAGUUGCAGUCGAAUUUUGAAACAGAGUGGAAUUUGCAGACUCUUGCCUCUGAAGACAACUAUGCUAUGUAA